AUAUUUGUGGUUGUCCUAUUAGAAAGAGGUUACUCCCGUUUUCUUGUUAUAGUUUUAUUAAUUUUUGACUUGCAGUGUGAAUUGUUACGUAUUUGUUUCAAGAUCUGAAAGCAUAGAAAAAAAAGUAUUUUCCUUAUUGAUUGUACAACAGUUAUAAUUUUGAAAUAUGGAUGAUGAAGCAGAAACAUACAAACUGUGGAGAAUAAGGAAAACUGUCAUGCAAUUAUGUCACGACAGAGGCUAUCUUGUCACUCAAGAUGAAUUGGAUCAGACUCUGGAACAAUUUAAAGAUCAGUUUGGGGAUAAGCCAAGUGAAAAACGUCCUUCGAGAAGUGACUUGAUUGUUCUUGUCGCCCACAAUGACGACCCCACGGACCAGAUGUUCGUGUUCUUCCCAGACGAGCCGAAAAUUGGAAUCAGGAUCAUCAAAACAUACUGCUCGCGUAUGCAGGAUGAAAACAUUCACAGAGCCAUUAUUGUCGUGCAGGCAGGUAUGACGCCUUCGGCCAAGCAAUCUUUGGUGGACAUGGCUCCCAAAUACAUCCUGGAACAGUUCCUCGAAUCAGAAUUGCUGAUUAAUAUAACGGAACACGAAUUGGUUCCUGAGCAUGUUGUGAUGACGCCAGAAGAAAAACAGGAGCUUUUAGCUAGAUACAAAUUGAAAGAGAACAUGUUGAUGAGGAUACAGGCUGGUGAUCCUGUUGCAAGGUAUUUUGGACUGAAAAGAGGACAGGUGGUUAAAAUCAUCCGUUCUUCGGAAACAGCCGGACGCUACAUUUCCUAUCGACUCGUUUGUUGAAAAGAAUUCCAUUUAAAUAUUCAACUGUUUUACCUUUACGAAUCAUUUUGUAUACUAAUUACAUGAGAUAAGAAAUUGUGAAUGUCUUAUUUUAUUUUAGAAUUUGUAAAUACAAUUAGUUUAUGUUUGAAUAAAACAUCUAUACAAGUGA